UCUCUAUAUAAACUCCUCAUCUUCCUCCCUCCUCUUCUCCUUCUUCUAUAUACGGUCUCCUUCUCAUUCCGCUGUUUCUCAUUAACACGCUUUCUAAUUUUCUUCUUUUUUUCUUUUUUUUUUCUUUCUUUUUUUUCUUUUUUUGUUCAAUUUUUGAAAUGGAUAUUCCGCACUUCUUGUUCGGAGUUCUUGGAAAUGCAACUGCUCUGUUUCUUUUCUUGUCACCAAUGGUUACAUUUAAGAGAAUCAUAAGAAGCAAAUCGACGGAGCAAUUCUCAGGCAUUCCAUACGUGAUGACGAUGUUGAAUUGCCUUCUAUCGGCAUGGUACGGAUUACCAUUUGUGUCUCCACACAAUAUAUUGGUAUCGACGAUAAACGGAACGGGGGCGGUGAUAGAAUUGAUAUACGUGAUGGUGUUCAUAGUGUAUGCGGGGAAGAAAGAAAAGGGGAAAAUAGGAGGUUUAUUUGCAUUUGCAAUGGGGGCUUUCACGGCGGUGGCCUUGGUGUCGGUCUUUGCGUUGGAAGGCAAAAUCAGAAAGCUCUUCUGCGGUUUGGCUGCUUCCGUUUUUUCCAUCAUCAUGUACGGUUCCCCACUCUCCAUCAUGAGAACAGUGAUAAAGACGAAGAGUGUGGAGUAUAUGCCAUUUUUGCUGUCGCUGUUCGUGUUCUUGUGUGGCACAUCUUGGUUCAUAUAUGGCCUUCUUGGCCGCGAUCCUUUUGUUGCUGUGCCAAAUGGGUUCGGGUGUGGCUUGGGUGCGUUACAGCUGAUUCUCUACUUCAUCUACCGUCGUCCUGGGGCCGCCCCAGAUGAGAAGCCCACUAAUAACGAUGGCCUCAACAUGGAAAUGAGCCUGCACAAGGCCCAACUAGACAAGCCCCAAGCUACUGCCAAAGUGGACCGUGAUGAUCAAGUUUAAGCCAGACACGUGUCCUUUUGCGACCCACAGAAGGUGACCCAGCUUUCCUCAAACGCCCGGUCUAAUUUGCGGGGUUGUCUCGCUACUAUGUUUUUAGGUUCUUUCCUUUUGUUUUUGUUUUUCUUCUUUUUCUUCUACCUUUUGUUUUCUUCUUGUAGAAGACAACAUGUUGAACAAACUGAUCGGAGAGGAACAACCUGUCUCCCUCCAUCUUGUGAUGUUUUUUCUGCUUUUUGAAAAAAGCAUAGUUAAUUGCUUAUGUAUUUCGAACUUCACAAAUGUUACGGAAGAAGGCUCACCUGACGGCCUCUCCACUUUAUCUUGUAAACAUAAACAUUGUGAGGUGAUGUUCCUGCAACGGGUUUGAUAUUAUAUUAGACAAUAUAAGGUUCUAUCUCAAUAUUAAUGAUAAUGAGAACAUCAAUUCACACA